GACACUAUGACAAACAUUCGGCGUUCAUGCAUGAUAGCUCGAAAUAUAUCUUGACUAUAGGAUAGACCUGUAUACCAGCUAGACCUAUAUCAUACUGAACUAUAGAAUAUGUCGGACCAGGCAGCGAUGGAUCGGGAACGGUGGAGUUGGCGAUUUGAAUCUAUUGGGACGAACAUCGGCUUCGUAGCCUGCUUUCAGAACUUAUGGCGCUUCCCUUACCUCUGCUACGCCAAUGGCGGGUUUCUGUUCCUCAUCCCAUAUUUACUAUGUUCCAUGUUUCUUGCGAUUCCUCUCAUGUUCUUGGAGACGGCACUCGGUCAAUACACCUCCUCAGGUCCCAUCAGAGCAUGGAAGAUAUGCCCACUUUUUCAAGGUAUUGGUGUCGCCACCACUGUCGUCGCUUGGUGGCGUAACAUCUACUAUAACGUCAUCCUGGCUUGGACUCUAUACUACCUCUACAGUUCGUGCCUUGGCGGUGAGUUCCCCUGGACGAGAUGCAAUAAUAUAUGGAACACAGCUACAUGCCUUGAAAGCUCCUCUAAAUGGGUGUGCGUCAACGGAACCUAUAUCAUCGGCAACAAGUGGGAAACGUAUCCAACGGAAGCACCGCGAGCUCCAUCGUGGAACAGUAGGGAUGUAGCAGGGUCUUCAGAUAACCCUGACAAAUGUGCUUAUAAUUACCCUUCAACCACCAACCCGGCCCAGGAGUUCUGGCAAUUCAAUGUGCUACGACAGACAGACGGAAUACAUUACGUAGGAGGUAUUGUUUGGUAUCUUGCCCUAAACCUCUUCCUCGCAUGGACGCUCAUCUACUUUGGCCUCUGGAUGGGAGUCAAAUUGAGCGGCAAGAUAGCUUAUGUCACCGUUCCCUAUAUACACCUUGUACUAGCCGCAUUUUUUAUACGUGGGGUCACUUUACCAGGAGCGUAUGAUGGUUUGCGGUUUUUUCUCUACCCCAACAUAUAUCUACUUGGAAGAACACAGGUGUGGAUAGCCGCUGGAACAGAAGUUUUCUAUUCCUUCUCGAUUGGACUAGGUGCUUUCACAGCCCUUGGAAGCUUCAACAAAUUCCACUACAACUUCUAUAGGGACAGCAUGAUCGUAGCCUUCUUAAAUGUGAUUACAAGUAUCUACAGUGUUAUCAUCGUCUCUUCAUUCGUUGGCUUCGUAGCGUUCGCUGAGGAUAUCCCAAUAAGUGGAGCCGUUGAUGCAGGUCCUGGUCUUUUUUUCGAGGUCUUUCCGCGUGCUUUUGCUGCAAUGCCUUCAUCAAGGGUCUCGGCAAUUUUCUUCUUCCUAGUGGUCCUAAAGAUUGGGCUAAACUCUCAGCUCGUCAUGGUAGGGGCGUUCAUCACGUCUGUCUUGGAUCUUUUCCCUACCUCGCUGCGGAUUGGGUAUUAUAAAGGGCUAUUCGUAUUGGGAGUCUGCUUUGUAAACUUCCUGAUUGGCCUUAGUAUGGUAACUCAGGGUGGUAUCUACGUCUUCACGCUAAUAAGUCACUAUGGGGAUAGUACCGUCCCUAUCGUUUGGAUAUGUUUCUUCGAGAGCAUCGCAAUCGGAUGGUUUUAUGGAGUUAGAAGGUUCUCCCGAGACAUUGCCGAGAUGCUGAGAUGGCAACAGAUUGAAUGGUACAUAAUCUGCUGGCCAGUCACUGUUCCUAUUCUUGCUCUGUUUGUUUGGAUCAGCAACAUAGUUACAUGGUCCUUGUUCUCGUUCUCGAACCCCCUUGGCAUCUGUAUGACCCUCUCAUCGAUGGUGUGGAUUCCCGCCGGAGGGGUCUACUCCAUCUAUUACCACAUGAUCAAAGGUGAAGGGCCCACUAUGACGAGACUGAAAAUGGUUAUCCAACCCACUAUCGCUCCUGUUCGUGACGAAGUACAACCAGAUGGUGUGGAAAUGAUGUAAUAUCAUGAAAGUCUAUUUAAAAAAUAACUUUAUGUAAAAGUGGAGAAGAUUGAAAUAAUAAUCACUUGCAGUCUUGAAGUUGUAUGUUAUCUUUGUAAUGAUACGGAAUUAUAUAAAUACUUUAAAUUGUUUAAUUUUCUUCGGUUUCAAUUUAUAUUUUAUGAGAAUUCCAAGUCAUUGGAUCGCAAACUUUAAUAAUAGGCCUAUUCAAUUUUACCUCAAUAAAAAAUUGCGAUUUUGAAAUAUAUUGGGCAGAAUUCGUAAAAGAACAAAAGCAGUUCAAUAAUUAUGCUUUUUUUUUUUUUCUUCCUCAAAAUUAUUAUGGUAGCUUGGCUUACAGUAAAUUUUAUUCGUAUUUGAAAAGAUCGGCGUAGGCGUAGUUAUGGGCGCAAUUUUGUUUAAUAAGCUAACGUUUAAUGCUGUCCAAAAUUAAUACUUCUUUCGACUUUCUAUAUCUCGCGAACGAGGAGCAAUUUUGACACCAUCACGAUAUAGCCAAAUGUAGGCCUGUAGCUUGAUUAUUACCAUAUCAUGUCGAAUUUGUAGUAUACCUUUUUUUACAUUCUCAUAUACUUGAAAUGCCUAUAUCAUGAAAAAGAGGAAUUUAACUGAAUGCCCUGAAAAGCGCGGCUGCACGCUGCACGCUGCACUCUGUGCGUUGGAAUUACGUGUGUGUGUGUGUGUGUGUGUGUGCGUGUGUGUACAUGUAUGUGUGGGUGAGUGUGUUGUAAGUAUUUCUACAAUAUUAUUACACGAAGGUUUUGAUUCAUUUUAACAAGUAUUUAAAAACAAUUAAGGUUAUUAAUAUGUCUUAUUCUCUUUCUCUCUGAUGUCAUGUGUUCGUUCUACUCUCACCUUCGAUUGUAAUGUAUGUACAGUACUAUGAUAUAAUUUACUCACUUUUAAUUAAUUUAAUCUACUAAUUUUAAGUGUACUAAAAUUGGGAUUAGCCUUGACUGUCCGAUUGCUUUUGCUAAUCCGUCACCUCUACUAUAAUCAAUCCUUUUUGUAUUUCUCAUGUCAGCUAUAUAUGUAUGUGUAUGUGUCUUUCUGUGAUAUGUCAUUUUGUAUAUUAACCUCAAGUUGCUUUAUUUCAUUGGUAUUAUAUAUUUUUUAAAGAAAUAAUCAAAUAAACUGAAUUGAAAAAUGUUGUGGACUGAAAUUUAUUUGAGAUUUAAACUUGAUAUAUAUCUAAUCAUGCUUACGCUUUCCUUGGAUGGUAGAUUUUCAUUUAUAACUGGGCCUUUACAAAACCUAACUAAGCUAUAAUUAUAGCUGCAAGGUAAGUGGCAUUGGCUAUUUACAUAACUUAAGUAAUUCAUAGUACUGGCCCUGGUGCAUCAGUAGGCAUAGGCCUAUGACGUGUGAGAUUGAAAGCCCAACAAUGUCAUUAAACAAUUUCCCUUCAAAUGGUCGCACAUCAAAAGAAUGAAAUUAUUAUUCUUGUGUUUAGAUAUAUACAAAAUUGAUAUACUCUGUUUUCUGGAAUAACCUGUAUAUCAACUCAAGGCCAAUUUCGAUACAUCCCAUUAAAAAAAAUCAUUUUCGGAUUAAGUAAUAUGCACAUUUCAAUCAUGUCAUAUAGGUGACGAACAAAACUACUGUAAUAGCCCUUGAUUAAUUUUGUUUGUAUAAUUACUCUCGUGUUCCGUUAACCACAAGAAUAGGGGAAAAUAAGACUAUUCAAACGCCUAAUAUAAUUAAACGACGUCGUCUUGAACUAAUGAAUCAAACACAUUUUAGUUUUUAUUAUAUAUUUCUAUCUAUCUUUUCCUAAAUUAUAUGCUGUUAUGUUGAAAUUAUGUUUUAUAUUGUAUGUUUUUGCAUUGUUUUUAUAUACAUAAAAGGAGUUAUUUUCAAUUUCAAUUUGCGCUUGCAUGUAUGCAUAAUUCGACCUCUAUUAUUACAUGUACUGAAAUGAAUUGUGGAGAAACAAUAAUUGUAACAUGUUUUUUUUAGUGGAAAAUAAAUUAUUUGAUUUGA